UUGUGGAUGAGCUCGAGCUCUCCAGCAGAGUGAAACCCGUCUUUUACAGUCCUUCCCUCUCUCUGCCUCUCAUUGUGGGACUCUUGGCACUGUUUGUGCUGAAUCAUGUGGAUACUGAACAAUGACUGGCUGCACAAAACUGACAACUAAUGAAAUAACUUUGUGGGAGUGUGGCAGCGUGGGGUGGGGGCAGGCUGCACGGCGACCCCUCACCGCAGCCUGCUGGGCCUAUGGCAGGCCGACCUGCAGGCCGGCUUGGACUCUGCGGGUCCUGUUGGCAGAGUUUCCGCCCCUGGGCGUCCCGUAUAUAUUGAGCUGUUGGUGCCAUCACAAGCACACUGGCACAGACAGGUACUGUUUCGCCCUCACAGAUCCGUUCAGUAUGGCCACAGACCACCAGAACCCUGCAUCCAAGCAGCAGCAGUCAGGCGCCAGUGCGUUCAAGCUGGUCAUCUAUGAGCAGGAAAACUUCCAGGGCCGCUGCCACGAGCUGACGGGUCCCUGUAACAACCUCCAGGAAGCAGGCGUGGAGAAAGUGGGCUCCAUACUGGUGCUGUGUGGACCAUGGGUGGGAUACGAGCAGCCCAACUGCAAGGGGGAGCAGUACGUGUUUGAGAAGGGGGAGUAUCCUCGCUGGGAUUCCUGGACCAACAGCAGGCGCAGUGACACCAUUGUUGCAUUCCGCCCGAUUAAAGUGGACAGCCAGGAGCACAAGAUUGUCCUUUACGAGAACCCCAGCUUUGCAGGGAAGAAGAUAGAAAUCAUCGAUGACGACGUCCCCAGCUUUCACGCACACGGCUACCAGGAGAAGGUGUCCUCUGUUCGGGUUCAGAGCGGCACCUGGGUGGGCUAUCAGUAUCCAGGCUACAGAGGCUAUCAGUACCUGUUUGAAAAGGGGGAGUACAAGGACAGCGGCGAGUUCGGAGCCCAGGUCCCUCAGAUCCAGUCGGUCCGGCGCAUCAGAGACAUGCAGUGGCACCAGAGGGGAGCUUUUCACCCCGUCAACUAAGCUUGUGACUCUUUCCUGUCGUGAACCUCAGCAGCCUCGCCCCCUCCCAGCAGCAGCCCUCUUUCUCCUCCAUUUUGACAUGUACUGACUUUCUUUGAAGCAAACUAAUAAAUCCUCAUUGCUUACAUUUGA